UCUACUCCAUCUACGCGCUCCCCGGACGAGCAAGUCGCCUCUGAAAUAUUAAAGAUAAACUCUGAACUUUGUUGUUUUGGAUUUUUUUUUCGUCUCUUUUUGAAAGAAUUCCUGCUUUUUGUUCGGAUAACUACUUUGGAUAUCGCAACCAUUCCAAGGACGAGGAUUCGAUUAGGAAGAGCAGACAGGGAGGGAGACCUGUUUGUGCCAAUGUAGCGACUUUUCCGGCGAGGAAAUACACAGAUAACUGCAGCGAGCUGGUUAUUUUUACUACAAAAAGAAUGCUGUGAAGCUCCAUGUCGCAGCUUGGCUUCCGGCUAAAAAAGCGCAGAUUUAACGCAGCAUCUGCUGGUGCGGGGAGGGAAAAAAACUCGUCUACAGCGAGAGAAGGAGCGAUAUGCGGUCGGCGGACGCCUGGUUUUGCGGUUCUUCUGGAAUUAGUGGAGGAAUGGAAAGGGAGCGGCUGUAAGGCUCAAACCUUGGAAAGGGGGGAAAAAAAGGAGUUCUGUGUUUGGCACAUAAUGGAUCAUUAUCCACCGGUGCAGGCAAAAGAUUGAACGGAUGAGGCGGAGGACGUCUUCCCCGGCACAAACGCACACAAAUAUUGUAGCAUUCAUCUGCGGGGGGAGGAGGACCUGCGACUCACUGUUGCCCCAAGGAGAAAUUCAAGGUGUCUUGAAAAACCAAAACGAGACAAAUACAGCCAAGGAGAUGCAGGGUGGACUUGGACCCUAUAUUUCUCAAAUAAAUCAAUAUGUGUUUGGAUACCUGACCUGAUCAAACAGCAAAAGCCUGUGUUUGCUGAGUGUUCCUCCUGCUCUCUGAGAGUGAAUGUGUGGCCUGGAGGAUUUUCUGAGGGACCAUAUGGCACAAUACACCACAAUAUAGGUUCCUUUAAAUGAGGUAACAUGGACAAAGUGGUCAGCUGCCUCCUGAUUCUGGGAACCGCUAUGACAAUGGUCCAUGCAUGUCCCAAAUACUGCGUCUGUCAGAACCUCUCGGAGUCUCUGGGGACCUUGUGCCCCUCAAAAGGUCUGCUUUUUGUUCCAGUAGACAUAGACCGGAGAACUGUAGAGCUCCGGUUGGGAGGCAAUUUCAUUCUCAAGGUCACCACUCAGGACUUUGCCAACAUGACAGGUCUGGUGGAUCUCACUUUGUCUCGCAACACCAUCAGCAGCAUCCAGCCUUUUUCCUUUAUUGAUCUAGAGACAUUGAGGUCACUGCACCUUGACAGCAACCGGUUGACUGAACUGGGAGCGGAUGACCUACGAGGGUUGAUCAAUCUGCAGCACCUGAUCCUCAACAACAAUCAACUAAAUCAAAUCUCAGAUUCAGCUUUUGAUGAUUUACUGCUGACUUUGGAGGAUUUGGAUUUGUCUUACAACAACCUGCGCAGUGUGCCUUGGGAGGCCAUCCGUAAGAUGGUCAACCUGCAUCAGAUAAGUCUGGACCAUAACCUCAUCGCCUUCAUUGCUGAGGGGACUUUUACAGACCUUGAAAAACUAGCUCGCCUGGAUCUGACAUCCAAUCGCCUCCAGAAGCUUCCUCCGGACCCAAUCUUUGCACGGUCCCAGAGCAGCAUGGUGAUGAGUACACCUUAUGCACCUCCACUCUCUCUGAGCUUUGGUGGAAACCCACUACACUGUAAUUGUGAGGUACUAUGGCUGCGAAGGCUGGACCGUGAGGAUGAUAUGGAAACAUGUGCCUCUCCAGCCAGUCUAAAGGGGCGCUACUUUUGGUCUGUUCGUGAGGAGGAAUUUGUCUGCGAGCCCCCAUUGAUCACUCAACAUACGCACAAAUUGCUGGUGCUGGAGGGCCAAACAGCUAGUUUACGUUGCAAAGCAGUUGGAGAUCCCAUGCCAACUGUGCAUUGGGUUGCUCCAGAUGAUCGUUUGAUUGGCAACUCCUCAAGAGCCACUGUAUAUGAAAAUGGCACCCUUGACAUAGCAGUCACCACAUCCAAGGACUAUGGCAUUUUCACUUGUAUUGCUGCCAACGCCGCAGGGGAGUCUACUGCCUCCAUCGAGCUAUCAAUCAUUCAACUGCCCCACAUCACUAACAGUACUAAUCGUACUACACUGCCAAAAUCAGGACUUUCAGACAUCACAAGCUCUACUAAGAUAGGCAAAGGGGAGCCCAAGCCUCCUCCAGAAAAGGUGGUUUCUGUUUCUGAAGUGACUGCCAUCUCUGCUUUGAUCAAGUGGACCGUAAGCAAAUCAACUCCAAAGGUCAAAAUGUUCCAGCUUCAGUACAACUGUUCUGAUGAUGAAGUUCUCAUUUACAGGAUGAUUCCCAGGACUCACCGGGCUUUUGUAGUCACUAAUCUGGUGCCGGGAAUGCAGUAUGACCUGUGUGUAUUGGCCAUCUGGGAUGACACCGCAACCACUCUCACUGCCACCAACAUUGUUGGAUGCAUCCAGUUCGUCACCACGGAAGAUUACCCACAGUGCCAGUCUCUGCACAGUGGAUUUAUGGGUGGCACCAUGAUUCUGGUCAUUGGUGGCAUUAUUGUUGCGACUCUGCUGGUCUUCAUCAUCAUCCUUAUGGUGCGCUAUAAGGUAACCAGUGGGAUUCAAACCAGUAAAUUACCCACUGUAAGUAACACAUACUCCCAGACAAAUGGGGGAGUGAACAGGUUCAAUGGAGCCCCACCACAGGUCAAGUCCACAGUAGUAGUUAUGCGUGAAGAAAUGGUGGAGUUUAAGUGUGGAUCCCUCCAGAGUAGCCUUUCUUCGUCAUCAUCAUCCUCCAACUCGUUGGACAGCCAAACAGGAAGAGGAGCAAGCUAUAAUGUGCAGAGCAGCGAAUGCAGCAACCUGCCAAGUACCAAGUUUAGGAGGCAUAUGCACGGCACUAAGGCUCGGCAAAACCUGGACCAACUUUUAGGGGCCUUUACAUCACUAGAGCUACGGGGUGCAGCAAAGGACCACCAAGGAGCUUCCGUCUCUUCGUCCUCUGCUGUUGCCAAUCCCAUGGCAACAGUGGCUGUGGCACCACCAUCUGACAAAGAACCCCUGCUUGGGAGGGCUGAGUCCACAACAAUGCUGGGGCGACUUCUUGGGUUUCAACAUGAGGAUAAACCCAAGAGGAGUCACUCAUUCGACAUGGGGCAUGUCGGGGCAGUGCAGUGUCGCAGCAGUCAGCCACGUAGGAUCAGUAACAUCUGGACUAAACGCAGCCUGUCUGUUAACGGUAUGCUUCUGCAGUACGACGACAGUGAGGAUGAGAAACCCACUUUUGAGAGCUCUGAGUGGGUUAUGGAGAGCACAGUCUGAGUCUAUGACCAAACAAUAAAUCUAUAUUAAAAACUAAGGAAACAUGAACGCAGUGGGAUGUUCUGUAUGAACUUCAACCAUGUGAAUACUGUUAUAAUGAUUAUGUGAAAAAACUAAAGCUGACUGUCCAAGAUUGAAACUCUUGACUAUAUUUGAAAAAUGUUCCAUUCUGAAUCAACUGGAGAAAUUACCUAUAUGGAAAAUCUAUCUACAGAAAGAUAAAAUACUCAUACUGGAUUUACAUUAAAGGAACUGAACUCUAAGAGGACUUACUUCAACUGUGAUAAACUAGAUCACACGUUUCAGACUCAAAAUGGAAAUGUUCCAGCUGUAGAAAGAGGGGGACCACAGGGGCUAGUAUAGUAGAAAAUUAAAACAAAGUCAUUUUUAUUUUCAUGUUCUUUUUUUAUCAUUUUUACUAUUUAUUAUUUCAGGUGAUUCGCCAGAAGAAAGACUCACCUCAAAACAUUAAAAACAGGUUUACACAGGAUGUACCAACUCUCAUGUUGCCAUUUUAUACCCUUAUUUUCCCUCAACAAUUGCAGAUUUACUAUCAACAUCAUCAUCAUUUUCUCAGGUUAUGCAUGAGGUGACCGUAUGAGAAACAAAACAAAAGCUAACUUAAAACACAGGCUGUGCUUGUACUCAAGUUCGUAAAAGUUUUUUUUUUGACCAAUCAGUAUCUUAAAGGCAGCACACAGCAGUCAGUGAUCGCAUCUUGAGAAAUCAGAGGAACUCAAAUUAGGGAAUUGAGCUAACAGGAACCACUCAAAACCAUAUGUAUGGAGUCUAAAACAACUCAGUCAAAUCAUUCCCAUUUGUUUAAGCUUCAAACUCCAAGUACCUUGUCACUUUUGUAAGAAAUUGUCAUUUGGACACCGUUUGGUUUCUUAACCAAAUAGUGUCUAUAUAAGUGUGUAUGCCCUAUAGAUGGUGGGCAGAAUAGCCACGCUGUGAAUCACUGCUUCUCUAUAUUGAUAGGUCCCAGUGGAAGUAGCUUUUUGGAUAUGUCCCAAGACGAAAAAGACCCUUGCCAGGAAUUGCAGUAAAUGCUAAAUCUUACAGCCAUCUUGAGGAUUCCUAGCAACCUUGGGGCUCUUGUUUACAAUUCAGGGUACAACUGAGGAAAGGAUUUACUUUGUGAAUGAGAUCAGCAUCUGCUGUGAUGUGGACACUGAAUCAAUAGUGAUAAAGAGAGACCUGAGCUGAAGGACAAAGCUUUCAAUUUACACGCCAAUAUAUGUUCCAUCACUCGGUUAAGGUCAUUAGUUGUGGGUAAUAAACCAUCUGUGCAAUUGGAUGGAAUUAGCUUCUCAUAAGGAAAGGGUGUGAAGGUCUGCUAUAUAGAAGGUGCUCACAUUAGAGUCCCAGUUUCUCAAUAUUGACAAGAGCCAACAAAGGUAAUAUGGGUAUUGCCAUCUGGGCCAAACUGGAAGAGCCCCUUCCACAGACUUGCUGGAAAGAUUACAUUUUACAACUCUCUCUUGAAGCUAGCUCCCUAGGAACUGAAGGGAGCUAGGAACUGAGUUUGAGAACUGAGGCCUCAGUUUGGAGGCCUCAGACUUCUCAACUUACCCGUCAGUGGAUAUGAAAUCCCUUGGCUAGACUCAAGAGUGUGGGGAGUGAGCAAAUAAAAUAAAGUGUGAAUUAAAGUAGCUAAAAUGACCUCUCUCAGCAGUGGGACUGGACUCCUAUAUAGAAAAUGGGGGAAAGAUCCACUUUUGGAAGGCAGCCAGAGAUGGUGCUUCUUUUCAUUGGCAGGUAGUCAACUGAAGUGGUUUUGACAUCUAGAAAGGAUACCUGUUGAUCUUCUGAUCAAAAGAGGCUGGAUAGAUAAUCUCCCAAUUUAUUUGGGAAUGAAUUAGUGUCCCCCAAUUGAGGUGAGGCAAGAGCCUUCUGGCAAUAUCUGUUUUCUUUUGUAUCCUUGCUGUUGCGUGGAGAGAAAAUGUGUGAUAAGUAAGAAGAUUUUAUGUAAAAGUAGGUGACUCAACAAACAGAGUGCUUCAAUUGCAAUGAAAGUUUUAAAUUUAAGUUCAAGCUUCAGAGUUUGAAAUUAGCUCCGGGAGGAGCUCUUAGCUUGAUUUGACAAUAAUUUAUUCUCCCCCCCAAUACUCAAUAUUCAGAUCAUUCCAGCUUCAGGAAAGAUACUGACAGCAAAUACUAAUUCUACUUGCCCCCUUACCUAGUUGGUCUCCAAGGAGACAAUUAUAACGUUUGUCCAGCUCAGGUUGAAAUCCUACUUUGCAAGUAAUUUGAUUAUCUGGUGCUGGCUUGCAGGAGUCCCUGCAGACCAACGGCUCAUUGAUGUGAACACUGUUUCCCUAAGAGUGUGGUUUCAGCUACUAUCAGCACAAAUUACUGUAGCCAAAUGAAAAUGGUGUUUGAAGUUCACCAAACCCUUUUAAUCAUUUGCCCAAAGCAGCCAAUAGCAUGAUGUAUCACCGGAUUGUGAAACUCUUCAGGCAACAAAAACAAGAAAGCAUGAUAAUUACUCAUUUAGCCAGGUUAAAUGGAGGAAUUUGGCAUUUAUUGGCUGCAUAAAGGUCACAAUGCUGCUCAUGAGAGGAUUUUAUUUGGAAAAAUGGGAAGAGCGAUGACUUUUAGGGAGCCAAUAAGUUGCAAAGCCUGGGAAUUUAUUUCACCACAUUGCAUGAUACAAAACCUAUUUUGAUUAAUGUGUUACUUGACUUGAUUCACCUGAGGAACAAUUCAUCCGUUAUUCUCCUUCAUACGGGGCUGUACAUUGCAGUAAGAUACUUAAAAUUUGUUACUUUUCAGAUCACUGCCUAAAGUUAGCUGCAUCAUCCGUGUGUUUUAAUGCCUUUAUCAGUAUUCUGUGGGACUCUGCUGCAUUUCAGAAAUGUUGGGUGAUCAUCAUUUCCUUUUCCUCUUACAGUAGAUGUACUGUUCUGUAUAUUGGUAUAUUAUUUUGUACAAUACCUGGGUGAGAAUGUAAGAGGGUAGGGUGGGAAUUGUGCAGUAGUAAUUUUAUUUUUAUGUGAAGCAAACAGUGAGAAGGUGCUUUACUGUGGUGUACCAACAAAAGGUGGUUGUUAGUUGGCUUACUGAAUGGGAUUUUACAUGAUGUUUCAAGAGUGGAGGACUGGACAAUUUAAGCUGUUUGAAUCAACAACUAAAGUGCAUAUUUGCUCUUUAUGUGUUACCUUUACACGGUCAGUUUUGUGUUUGCUUCCCCACCACAUUUAUAAAUUUAAAUAAUUGUUUUAUUUUCUUUUACCCCCCCUAGCUAAGCCUGACUUCUAAUUUGUCAUAAUUAUAUUUCUGCACAUUUUUCUGACAGCUCACAUAAACAAAAUUUGUGCAUAUCAUUAUUUUUAAAUGUCGACAUGCCAUAUUUUUGUAGGCCCACAUUUGUUGAUUUUGAGCCAACUUUCUGAGAUUUUUUUAUUAUCAUAAAUAACUAUAUUAUAGAUAGUAAUAAAAAAAAACAUUGUACAUGUUAUGAAUCACUAGAAGAAAAGUGAAUGAGUAUUCAUAUAUAUCAGUAUUUAAAAAUUGCUUCUUUAGAAUAACAAAACAAUAUUAAAGAGUAGUUCUAAAAAUGUUCCACAAGUCAAAAUUUUAAUAUUGCUCUAACAUUUUGAGCUAAUCUUAAAAUAGAACACUCAUAUUCACUUACCAUAUGUUUAUCUCACGUAUAGAAAAUGAAUGUAGGUUAUGAUGGAAUAAACCAAUUAGCAAACUGACUAUGGCAUUUGCAACUUGGGCAUUUAUUUACACUUUUUAUUUUUGGUAUUUCAGUUAUCCUAAAUUGCCCAUAAAGCUGCUCCAAUUUACAUAUUUUUAUGCUUUAGUUGUCAACAACAAACUUAAGGUUUACAUUUUUAUAUAACUGCAUUUGUUUGUGGCAUUUUUGAAAACCGCCAGCAGAUAUGAGCGCCUCCAACAAAAUAUUGAUUGCAUUAAGUACCUCGCCUGACAAAAAUGUUUCUCUUGUAAAUUAAAAGACAACUGUGCAGCUAUUUCUGCUAUAUUUGCCUAUGCAGAAAUCAGAAAGAAAAGUUGGAUGUGUCUUGCAAAAAAGAAAAACUCAAGUGAAACUGUGCUGUUUGAUUUUAUCGCUAAUGGAACUUAAAGUUUUAGAUUUGCCUUGAUGGUAGAAGAUAAGACUACUUCAACCUUUGCUCAGAAAAUAUAUAAUUUCAAAAACUGACAUCUAGAGACAGAACCAUACUAAAUCAAAACUGUUAUGGUAAGAUGAGAAUGGUGCUGUGGUACUUAGUGACCAGUGGGAAGCAACCAUUGAGCCUCUGCGUGUAACAUCAUGUAUCAUCCCUCUCCACUCUGCUAACCAACACUAUAACUUAAAUGUGUACUUGACUCGACAUUGACAUGAUUCUCACCUGAACUUCUAAGCAGAAAAAUCAAUUAAAAAACUGUUUGUGUGAAAACAUUUUGCUACAAAAUGAUAUAAAAUAUUGAUAAAUUCCUAUGAACCAAA